AUGCCUGCACGGGACGUAACACGGCCGCGAUCGCGGACCACCUUGGAAUCCUCGCACGCGCUUUCAAGCUGGAGGUUCUACCCUGCACUGUUGCGCUUCGGGCCUGAGAUUGUGUCUUCGAGCGCCUCGACUUUUAACUCGGCCGUUUCGGAUGCAGAGGGAUCGGGCAGCAGCAACUCGCUGCCGCGCUUCGGAUCGGAGGACGACCCCUCGGGUCUCUUGGCGCUGACGGGUGUCGUGCCUCUCAUUGCCAUUGUUGUGGGAGUCCCUUUGCUGUCUGUGGUCAUCCUGAUUUACUGCUGGAUGUGUCACCACAUGUCCCGCAUGGUCCUGGAGGUUGUGCUGACCUUCUUUGCCUGGGUCCUCGUGUACGCGUCCUUGGCGUACAUGAAGGUGCCCUUCAAUCGAGACCUUUUCGGAAAGGGCUUGCUGGUCUCGGUCUGCAUCGUCAUGUACUCUGCCUUCGGUCGAAGCGUCAUGAAAGCAUGCCAUGACAAUGUGGUGUGGUCCCUACUUGACACCGGGGAUCUCGAGAAUCUACAAGCCUUCACUCCCCCGCACUUCGCGUGGCUGUCCAUCCACGAGGAUGACAAGAUAACUCCUCUGCAGAAGGCAGCACUGGCCGGCAUUUCGUCGGAAGAUUUCGACCCGUACUUUCGGGUCAUAGAGUGGGUGGUGGGAGAAGGAGCUGACCCAGCCCAACAAGCCCCCGUCUCCUGCACCUAUGGUACAGAUCUUUGGAAGAACCACGACAAGAAAGGAACGCGGGUCCACAUCGACUACAAGAAUCAUUCUGCUGUUUCCCUGGUACUCUCCUGCCGAAAGUGCUUGGAGCAUGAGAUGAGCCAGAAAGGAAAGCAGCAGGCCGACUGGACCCGGGAGAUCGAGUACCUGAAGGGAGCGCUGGCACGGAUGGCCAAGACCGAGGCGAAUGUCAAACCGCCCAGAAUCACAAUCAGUCGAAGCGUUCUGGAGCUAUGGGAGAGCCUGUGCCACUGCAGCAAGACCCACAAUGUGACGUUCGAAACAUCCGACGGACAAGUCACAGCGCACGACCUGGUGUUGCAAAAAGCAUCGCCCGUGUUAGAUGCCAUGCUAUUCGGCUCUUUGGUAGAGGCUCGCAGAAAGACCAUCGACGUGAAGGACGCCAGCAGCAGCGGAGUCUCCCUCUUCCUUGAGGUGCUAUACACUGGAUGCACCUGCAACGAUCUGGAGUGGGAAACUGUCCUCACAGCGAUGGACUUGGCGCACAGAUGGGCCGUCGACUACAUCGUCGUAAUGUUGAGUGGGAUUCUGCAGACGCUGAUCAACGACGAGAACUUCGUCGCGAUCACCGAAGCGGCUGCAUACAAAGGCCCAGACACCCUGAGGAAGGCCUGCCGAAUGUUUGGCAACAACAACAAGACUGUCCAAGCACAGCUGAAGGCUGGCAAGCUCCCGCGCGUUGUGCAAGACCUGCUUGGAGUCUCCGAGGGUCUCGUGAAUGGGCAGAAGAAGAGACGCCUGGCAACCUUCGAUGCAGACGAGGCGCAGAAGCGGAAGAAGCUCGUGGCAGCUGGCUUCUGGAUAGCACUGCUGACUGAUUUCUGCUUCGGUGCUGAAGAGGCUGAAAUAUGUGUGCCGACCCUCUUUGUCAUGCUUUGUGCAUGCAAGCUUGCUUAUGCGUCCUGCGAGAACUACAUUGACGCAAACCAAGGCACCGAGUUUGAGCUUUCCUUGCUGUCUCCAUUGCGGCCCGGUCCAAAGAGGCGACAGGCGGACUUGACUUCGGUGGAUCCCGUCCCUCUCCAGGCGGAUGCCUCGGAUGCACCCAGCAGCUCCUACGAGAUGCUGGAGGCCGCAGCAGACUUGCUGUCCAAAUCCAACAAGUGCCCUGAUUCGGGGCUCAAGGGGAGAAGUGGUGCCAUGCUCACCUCAGGGGAGUACGAUUGGGGAAUGAGAGCUAUCAAAUCAGUUCUCGUGGUCGCAGGCUUCAAGCGAGCAGAUCCCAGUUUGACAGAGCAAGCCGUGUUGAUGAGGCAGGUGAGUGAUGAGAUCAUGGACUUGCAGCGCUGCGUGCACAAGUUCAUCCAGGGGAUCUAUUACUCCAGGGCUCCGCAGGCAACCUUCCGGGAGAUCUGGGAGGACGUGACGGAAGGUCUCGCCUUCCUGGAAAACUUGGCGCUGGGAUCAACCCCGGCAUUAUGCUUCGCCAUAGGCAUGGAGCUCUACCACUGGUUCUACUUCCGCUGGAAGGACGGCGCGGUCCCACGCGCGGAGGUCGAUGAGUCUGCACAGAUGCGUGCCGCGGUGCUGCUGAGAUGCGGCCUCGAAAGCGCGGGCUGCCUCCAGUCCAUCGAGGAUGCAGCUCAGCAAUCCCCAGAAGCGCAGAUUCGCAGCUUCAUGGAGCGCGGCUGUCACAUCUUCUGGCAGCAGUUGGUCAUGAUCGAGGCAGAAAUCGGAUCUGAGCUUGCGAGGCGUGGGGAUGUGCGACCAGCUGCCUGGAUGCUGCGCAACGCCAGUGAGCACUUCUCCCACAUGAUGCGCCACCCAUACUUCGCCAGGUUCCCUUGGCAGCGUCCCCACGACAUGAACUACAAUCACGAGAUGUUUCCUUCUCCUGGUCCUGUCUGGCCAAGCAAGCUGCUGCCUAUUGAGAGCUGGCUGGAGGAGCAUUUUACCACCUUCCGUGGCGAGCUUGACGCUUUGCUGCAGCACGCUGGAUUGUUUGAUGCACUGCACGAAGCGGAAAGGAACGCCGAGGGCCAAGACCAUGCCCGAGAUACCGACUGGACGGUGUUGGAAUUGGCGGACACUCGGGAGGAGGAGCCAUGGAAGCUGGCUGCCUGUUCUCAGCUGCCUCGUACUUGUGAGCUCCUGCAGAGAAGGCCCGAGUUCCAGUGCGACCACGCUGCUGCAUACAUCAACCGCAUGCGCCCCGGGGCCUGGAUCAAGCCCCACAUGGGCGGCCCUCCACGGCUGGUUGCACACCUCGGGCUUGAUGUGCCCGCUGCGCCUAUCGAGCUAUAUGUUGGCACUGCCAAGCUGCACUGGCAGACGGGAGUUGCGCACGUCAUUGAUGACACUUACCCUCAUUCCGCGCGGCACUUGGGUGAGCAUGACGAAGGCGAUGAACGCUACAUCCUCCAUCUCCUCAUGUGCCAUCCGUGCGAAGAGCAGCAGCGAGCUGCAUACAGUGGACAGGUGCGUGUCCAACAUCAACGACCAAAGUAG